AUCAACACAUCCAUGUUAUAUAUAUCCAACAUGUGCUAGUCUAACCAUAUCCUAGUCGACUGAUUUCCAGAACUGCAAAGAUGAAGAUCGCCCUCGUCCUCCUGCUCCUGGCCGCCAUGGUGGCCCUGCCCGGCUCUCAUUCCUGGGGUAUUCGUUUCCCGCGGCUGAGGAGUAUUGGACGUGCUGUUGGAGGUGUCGUCAGACGUGUUGCUACUUCAGUUGUCAAUGCCGGGAAGAAGGUUGUCUCAACUGUGAAAAAGGUUGGGGAAGCAAUCAAAUCUGGUAAGCGAGACGUAAGCGAGUUUGACGUGGACGGCGAUGGGGAAGUCAGUGACGACGAGAUCAUGACGGUGCUGGCAACCAGAGACGUGGAGGACCUUGUCCAGGAUGGUUACAUCACAGAAGCAGACAAGGAAGACAUUAGCCUCUACCAGCGUCACGUCCGGGAAGCUGUAGAGCUCGAGCUGGAAUAGACAAGGGAACCUGAAGAUGCCCAAAUCAUUUGUGCCUGUGUAUCCAGAUGAUUAAACAAUAAAGUCACAGGUAGCAA